AUGGAAAGACGCAUUCCUCCCUUUUCCCCAGUGUUUCGAGCAAGUCGUGAAGAUGUCAAGAGAUUUAACUUGGUCAAGCUAUCCAACGCCAAAAGUAACCAUCAAUUGAAAAUUGCUCAAGACCCUUGAACCCAAAAAUCGUUCUUAAAUAAGUCAGAAUCAGAAAAUAAAGCAUUUAAAAAAUCGAUAAAAACUGCUGAAAGCUCACGGCAAAUUAACGGUGAUCGGCUAAAAGUCGAUUAUACAGGCUUAAUAAAAAGCCAAAGCAGCUACAGAAUUUUGAAAGAUAAGCUUCCCAGCAUUGAAAAAGAAAGAACAAAUAGUCCAAAUUCGCCUAUAAAUAAUGAAAAUAAAAAGGAAAGAAUCUUAAGCCAGCUCAGUCACUUGCCAACUCCAAAAAUAUCGACCAGAAUUAAUUUUACCCCAAAAAUUGCUGAUAAAACUUUUAGUGACACUACUCGAAUUCCUCAAAAAAAGCGAAAUGUCAUACAUUCUGUAUGUUCUAGGACUGGAAAAACUGCUGGAAAAUUAAAAAAAUUUAACCAAGACAGUUAUAUUAUAUGCACAAAUUUCUGCUGCUACCCAGACCAAUAUUUAUUUUCAAUUUUAGAUGGGCAUGGAAUAUAUGGGCAUAUUGUCUCAGACUAUGUCAAAAUUAACCUUCCUCAGUUAUUAGAAGGAUAUUUGCCUGUCAUAACAAGGCCUCAUUUCUUUAGAGACAACUCAGCUAUAAAUUCUACUGAUAUGUCAUCUUUAAAGCAAGCUUUUAAAAAAUGCUACGCAAGGCUUCAAAAAGAUUUAGUUUUAAAAUCCCAUAUAGAUAUUAUACAUUUUCCUAUAAAUAUCUAUUUUUAAAAAAUAAUUUUUUAUAUUUUUUUUAUUGUUUAUAAUAAGAAUAGUUUUUCAGGCACCACAGCUUGCACUGUGCUUAUACACGAAAAUCAUCUUUUCUGUGCCAAUGUAGGUGACUCCAGAGCUGUUUUAGGACAGCUAAUAGAUGGGCACUGAAUCGCACUUGCAUUAUCAAGAGAUCAUAAGCCUAAUGAGCAUUCAGAAAGGCUUAGAAUAGAAAAAUCAGGAGGAAGGGUCGAACAAAUGAAAGGUAAUGAAUAAUCAGAUCCAUCCGGAAACCAUGUAGGACCUUACAGAGUUUGGCUGCAGUCAGAAGAUAUCCCAGGUCUUGCAAUGGCAAGGUCACUAGGAGAUGCUGUUGGUGCAAGCGCAGGAGUAAUUUCUGACCCAGAAGUAAACGAUAUUUACCUUUCUGACUGCGAUAAAUUCCUUAUUAUAGGCUCAGAUGGGGUCUGAGAAUUUAUCGAAAAUUUAGAAGCUGUAGAAAUCGUUGCCAAAUUUUGGGAAACUGGAGAUGCUGAAGGAGCUUCCCAAAAACUGACAAAAGAAGCUUAUAAGAAAUGGAAAAAAUUGGACGUGACUGAUGACACAACUGCAAUUGUGGUGUUUUUGAACCCAGUGUAA